UGGUUGGUAGGUGAGGAUGCUCAAGGAAUUUAACCAGAGGAGAACCUACAGAAUGUCUUUGAAAACUGCAGUAUUUUCUGCAGAUUGUCAAGACGACUCCUCUGCAGAAAAUGGCGACAAGGACACUCGAGUAGCCAUCGGAAUGGAACAGAAAUGCUGGAUUUUAACUCCACUGAACAAAGAUUUGGGAAUUGGAGAUAUGGGUUUUGUGAGGAAAGUAACUGUUGUUGGAGAAAGAAUUGAGAGGCUCAGCAUCUUGGGUUGCUUCGCUUAUGCCCACCACUCUAGCUUGGUUCCGAUACCUGUCCUUUGUUCUAUAAUGUAGAUAAGGUUAUCACCUCCGAUGGUCGCUCGCUCCCCGCUUUCUGAAGGAGUUCAGUUUAUGGUAUUUUGAAGAACUUAUCUAAAAUCAAUCCCUUUAAAUGCCUUCAAAUGGCAUGAACAAGCGGAGGAGAAGCUAAGGCGAGCCACUUAACAGAUCAUGGAUUCCAUCAAAGACGAGGUCGGAGGUGAAGAGGAAUCAACGUCUGUGAGCUGGGAUGCAGAGGAGGAAGAGGUUGGAGGCGUCAGUGGGUCAAAGGACUUGCUGCUCAUGUGACUUUAAAUAGAAGCAAGAAACCAGAUCUGGGUUUCUCCAAUAUUCUCCAUCUCUGUCGCGUUUCCUUUCCUUCCAUCACAUGGUCCAUGUUUCCCUCUUCUUCAUUAAUUUCCCUUGCUAGUUUUCAUAGCAGAAAUAAUGUGGGAUUAAUUUGAGGAAUCAUUAAAGUUUUAAGCUUUAAUCUCCAUUUAUGGGGGGAAUUCUUGUUUGUGUGCUCUUGGGUUUUCGGUGGUUGGAUAUUUUGGGUUGAACUUUGUUGGUGUUUCUUUUGCUAUUCUUUCAAGAGAGCUUACUAGAUUGCGAUUGAAAAGCCAACUGAUAUCUCCUUGAAGAGUAAAAGAGACGAGCACUC